UCAAGCAUCAGACCAUCCACCCCAUCGCAUCAGACCCCUCCCCUUUGCCCAGCCUCUCUCGCUCACUAUCCUCGCCCCCUCCUUGUUGUCCUUGGUGCUGCUGCUGGUGCCCCAGUAGUUGGAGCCGCUGAAGGCCCCCUUGAGGGCGUCGGCUUCCCUUCGGCGCUUCUUGGCCUUCUUGGGUGGGGCGGGUGGAUUGGCGCCGUCAUCCUGCUGCUGCGGCUGCUGCUGCUGCUGCGGCUGCGGCUGCUCGCCUUGGCCCUCCUGCUGCUCGUCUUGCGGCGCCUCCUCCUGCUGCUGCUGCGGCGGCGGCGGCUCCAUGUCAGGCUCAGCUGAUGGAUCCCAACACAGACAGGCAGACAGACACACAAAAAACGCAUUCAUCCGAGACUUGAGGUCAGGAUCUGCCCGCCAAUGAUGUGUGUGUCUACCUGGCAGCACACGGCGCUUCUUGAGGGGGGGUCCUGCGAGCUGUCCGUCCUGGCGCUUCCUCUUGGUGCCCCUCCUGUUCGAGUGGCGCUGACGGUGGCGCUUGUGCGGGCGGCGAAUGGGCUCGUUCCCGUCAGCUUCGCCGUCACACGGCCUCUUCUGCCCGCGCCCUUCUGUUGAACCCUCUUUCUGGCCCGGGCCCCCACCGCCACCAGCAGCAAGCAGCCCUUGCUGAUGUCGUUGGCCACCUCGGCUGAGUCGUUCUUGAGCGACGUGGGGCGGGCUUCUUGGCCUUCUUGUGGCAGUUGGGUAUCCUGCCGCCGCGUGAGUGCUCGCGCGUCUCGAGGUCGUACCCUUCCGCCAGGGCUGUCGGGAUGUCUGAGGGAGGGCGUUUGCGGUCGUUCUUGGGCUCGAUGGUGCCCACGUGCCUCGCCAGCACGGCCCAGUGCGACACCGAGGGGGGAACGCCGUGUAUUGGGGCGGCGGCCGCCGAUCGCUUCAU